UUGAUGGAUAGACGGUUUGAGAGCGACCGACAUACAAUAAUGUCUCCAAAUUUUUUUGUUUCUCAUGCUUUGGAAGAAGGACAGGACUGGAGGGCGUUUAUGGCUGGUAUUGCUACGUACCCCAACUUCAUGGUUGCUUGGUGGAAUGUUGAUACGGUCUUAUUGCCGAUUCAUUCAUCCCCUAAUCAUUGGCUAUUUGGGGAACUACGAUUAGCGUCAAUGGAAGUGCAUAUUUAUGACAGUCUUGGUAGAGGGGCUUAUGAAAAAUUCAAAUCUGAAGGAAUCUUUUCCAAAUUUGAACGUCGGGUGGCAAAUUAUUUGGACAAGAUUAAGUAUUGGGCCCGGAGUAACAUCCCAAGGAUUCCAUUGAAUAUGCAAUUCAUUUAUGAAGAAAAUGUUCCCCAACAAAGUAGUCAUUUGGGAGAUUGCGAGCACUAUCAUCGGUAUUGA